GAGAGAGAGAGAGAGAGAGUUGUCUAUAAAAGCGGAUAAAUUUUCUUCAAAAGAUAUCAUUACAUAAUUGAAUCUUACAUUAAAAUGUUUAAAACAAUCUCUGCUUUAUUGUUGUUGUGUAUUGUGGCCAACAUUUAUGGCCAAUCACUCAGUCAAGGUGCAGGUGUAAGUCUUGGAACCAGUGUAUCGCAAGGCCAAGGAGUCAGUCAGGGACAGCCGAUCUCAAUUGGUGUCUCAGUUGGUCUCUCAGAUUGUCAAAGAGCUCGUGAGAGAGCCCAGAGAUCAACAUCGGUGGCGAAUUUGAUCCCAAAUUGUGAGCCAAAUGGUGACUAUUCAAAUCUUCAAUGUCAUGCGAGUGCAACCACGUCUGGUGGUCGUUGGUGUCAGUGUUGGAAGAGUGAUGGCACUGUUGUGAGUCAGCCUUCACGACAGAUUAGACGGUGUGAAUGUCUGCUGGAAAAACAUGGUCUUCGAAGUACAACUUCAGGAUCUUCUUCAGCUUCAGGAGGUACAGCAUCGGGUACUGUUGUAGUGGGUGCUUUUGUGCCUACCUGUGCCAAACACGGUGGCUAUGAAAACAAACAAUGUCACGGUUCAACUGGACAUUGUUGGUGUGUCAAUGAGGCCGGCACUCAAAUCGGUCAAAAGACUAGAGGUUCUCUCAAUUGUAAUUAAUUCAAUUCAAUACACAAAUUAAUACCUUACCGGUAAUACUAAUAAUAAAAUAUAUAUUUUCUUUAUAAUUAAAUUAAUUGUUAUAAAAAUAAUGUAUUAUUUACAAAUCAAUUAUUUAUAUACCGGUAGAUAUUAACUUAUAUUUUAAAAAGAUAAUUACAAAAUUAUUAAUAUUAUAAAUCUUAUUUAUUAAGAUUAUUUAUAUUUGUAGAUUCAUAUAA